AUGUCGACCAAACCUUUCGACUACUCCAAAUGGGACGCCAUCGAGCUCAGCGACGACGAAGACAGCCAUCCCGGGGCGCAAUUCAUCGAAGCUCAAACGCUGCGAAGGAUCAAACGCGAGGCGCACGAGCACAAGGAGCGCGAGCGCAUCGCGCGCGUGGACGCGCUGAAGACGAAAAAGAAGGCGCUGAAGCGCGAGAUUAAAAGCGAGGAAGAGACGCUGGUGAGGACGGUGGAAACGCUGACGCCCGAAGCGGACGGGAACGGGGACGGGGACGCGGCGAGACGCGCCGCGGAGACGGCGCGAGCGACGAUCGAAGCGAAACGGACGGAACUCGCCGACGUUGAGCGUCAAAUAGAGGCGUUGGAGCAUCAAAAGAAGUUCAACGCGGAGGAGAUGUGUUACGUGGCGAGUGAGAAGACAUUGGUCGGCGCGGCGUGCAAGCCGGAGGAAGUGGCUCGAGCGCAAACGAUGUCGUACGAAGAGUACGUGAAGACAUACGGGGAGGAUUUGGAUGAAAUUGCGAGCGGUAACGCGUCGAUGUCGUACGGUGAGCUCGGAGAAUGGUUCGCGAACGGCAAGUUGCACCUAUUUUGUGAACACUCCACGGGAUACUUGCUCUUGAAAUCGCUUUACUUGGAGAUGGAGAAGAAGACGCGCGAGGCGAGGACGUGCGCUCGGGUCGCUUUCGCUUGCAAAUCCAUCGGCGAAUUCGCCGAGGCUGGUAAAAAGAGCGAGCGAGACGCGGCGGAACCAUUUUUUAGACGACUAGACACCAACCCGGACGUCGCUCGCGAGUACGAAAAGUCCUUCGACGAGUACUUUGAAAAGCUCCGCGAGCGCGCCGAGGUCAAGCUUCGCGAGGAAGCCGCGUCGGCGUCCGCCGCCGAGCCCACGUCGCUCGAAGAAGUCCCUUUAGAAGACCGUCUCGGUCCCGGCGGUCUCGACCCGGUCGCCGUGUACGACGCCCUCCCUCGCGAGAUGCGCGAAGCCUUCGAUUCCGGCUCCGUCGACGCGUUGAAAAAAUUUGUCAACUCCCUCCCCAUGGACGAGGCUCGCGCGCACAUGCGCGCGAUGGUGGACAGCGGUCUUUGGGUUCCGACCCCGGGCGAGGAUCCAGGCGAGGCUCUGCGCUGA